UUCCCGAAGUAUUUUACACCAGAGCGCAUGCGUCAGAAAAACUUCAGAUGUAAAUUACACUAUUUGUGUAGGUCAAUAGUUUUUUUAGAGACAUUUUCCCAAUCAAACUUAUAUCUUAUAAAUUACCAAUUUAAUACACAUUUCAAGUAUAAACCACUCGAAAAUAUACUAGAUGUAAUCCAAACUCUGAGUUUGAAUGCAGUGCAUAUACUAACGGUUACGAAUAAAUGUGGCAACAUUGCUUGUCGCUUGUUUAGGUUGCGGUGUUGCGGCUACUCGAUGAACGAGUAUCACAGUGUAUCUUCGUUUCGGGCAUUUAUUGUAAAUAUAACGUAUUUUUGUAACACAAAAAGCAUAUACAUCAUUGAUUGAAGACAACAACAUUGUAACACAACGUUUAAAAAAACAGUAAAUGAGUAACUUGUGACAUUAUCUUAAGUAUUUCAUUCUUCUGAUAAUGGAAACUUUAAGAAAUGAUACUGUACAUACUCCUGAUUCCAUAAGUUCCUUGUCUUGUAUCAACACACAUAUUAAUGAAUUAUCAAAAGAAAAAGAAGAGGAGCUUUUAUAUGGUGCUGGUGAUGAUGGAGAUGAAGAGGAUGCACUUUCCGAUGAUAGUAUACGUCUGAGAUUAUCUGAUGAUGAUGAAAUUGAAUCAGAAAAUGUUUUAGCAGAUGUUCUAGAUAAUCAACAAAAUAAAUUACAAGAUUGUAAUAUUGACAUAGCAAAAAGCGAAGAUGUGAACCCUCCUGUUUUAGAAAAAAAUGUAGUGAAAAAUAAUAUGAUUGUGAAUGAAAUAAGUAAAAAAGAGGAUUAUUCAUGUGAUGUUUCCUUGGAUGAAAAAAUGGUAACUGAUCCUUCAAAGGAUAUUAAAACAAAUGACAUUGAAAUAGCAAGAUCACCAAUAAUCAAUAUGCCUCGUAGGCCAAAUUAUGAGCCUCAAUGGAGAUUUACAAAUUCUCCUAAUAUGCGUUCAUUUCGUGGUGUCAACCAUCCUUCUUUCAACAGAUAUCGCUAUUUGACACCUAGAGGACAUUACAGGCUUCAGGCAUAUGAUUAUAAUAGUAGAUUUCAUAAUAAUUUUCUUCCUUUUGAACAGGCAAGGAAUUGUGGAAAAUUCAAUUCAUAUAACAUGUUACCAUAUAAUAAUAGGCAGCAAAAGAGAGGUUUCAAACCAAGUAUUAUCUCAAGAAAUUUUAAUGGUUCACCUGAAUCUUAUCCAAAUAAUGCAUCUUCUUCGAAUACAAAUAUUUCAAAAACUGAAAUUGAUAAUGAUGUCAUAGUUGUAAGUGCUAAUGCUAGUGAUAUAAAUGAAAAAGAUAAUGUAUCAGAUAAUGAGUGUUUAAUUAUAAAUGACAAGAAUGAUGAUAAAUCACAUGAAUUACUUGAUAAAAAGGUAGACUGUAUUAGCAAUGAUACUAGUGUUCGCGAAGGAAAUCAGGAGGAUACUACUUCCAUCAAUGAUUCAUUAGAAUCAAAACAGGAAAUAAAACUUAAAGAAGGAAGUUCAUUACCCAAUGAUGAUAAAUGUACCAAUGUUUCAAUGACUGAGAAUAGUACAUCCAAUGAUACUUGCAAGGAAACCUUGCUAAGCUCUCAUAAUAGUAAUGAACAUACAGAGAAAAUAAAUACAAGUAAUGCAACUGCAACUACAAUUGAUAUAGAUAAAGAAGAAAUUCAACAUGUUGAUAAUGUCUGUGCAUCAGAUAAGUCUGAACUUAAUACCAGUGAAUCAGUAGAUAAGCAAGUAGAAUUAUCUGAAAAACGUGAUAAAGAUGUUUUAAAUAACUUAGAAGAAAAAUUGAUAGUAAAUAACGAAAAAAUAAUAAACGGAAAAGUAACAAAUGAUGAAGUAGAAGAAAUAUGUAAAAAACAGGAUGAAGAUGUUUUUGUACAAAAUGAGAAAUCAAACGAAGACGAUAAAAAUGUUAUUAACACGAAUUCUAUUAUAGUAAAUGAUUUAACUAAUGAUAAAAAUGAUAAUGAAAUUAAAGUCGUGGAAGAUGUAUCAGUUGAAUCAGUUGUUAAAAAUGGAGUAUGUGAUAAUGACCAAUUAAAAAAUAAUAAUAGUACAAAUUUAAAUAAAGAAGUUACAUCUGAAGAUCAGUUAACUAAUUCGGAAAUUGAUCUUCAGGAGCAAACUGUGAAUACUGCUGAAGAGAAUGCACAAUGUAAAGAAAAAGAAGCUCCACAGACAAAUUCCACAAAUAGUACAAUAAAAUUAAGCGACAUUAUCGAAUCUGUAUUGGACAGAGAUAAUUUAUUUAAUGUAAAAUCACAAAAUGAAUCAUUAGGUUUUGCUACAGAUGGAAAAGGUAAUAGUGAUAAUGACAAAACAACUGAUGAAGCUACAGCAGCUGCACAAAGAAAAAGGAAACGAACAAAGAAAACGAUAGCUGGUGCUGCUGAAGACGCUACCGAAGAAGACAAACAGGCUAAGGAAAUUGGAAGACAAAAGAGACAAACAGCAAAAAAUGCUGAAGAAAUAAUAAGAAAGAAAUUUCUUAAUCAUGACAGUGAUGUAGAAUCCAGUGACGAUUCAGAAAAGUUUGUAGCUGUAAAUCACAAUAAAAUGAAUCAAGAUGUACGUCCAUUAUCUCCUCCUUCAUUGAAACGUAACUACGCCGAUGUUGACAGUACAAUUAUGAAUGGUAAUGUUAAGAAAAUUAAAAUAAAUUCUCAAGAGCAGCCCGAAGAAUUAAUAUCAAAAGAAAAUAAUUCUCAAAAUAUUAAGAAUCUUAAUUACGUUCAUAAAUUCUUUCAAAGAGAUUUGAAGGAAAAACUACCUAAACUGAAGCAGGAAGAAUUAGAGGAACUUUUAAUACAAAAAAUAGUUGAAACAAUUACGAUGCGUGGAGAGAUUGGUAAACUGAGAGAACAAGCACGUAUAUCGGAAAGGAAUCAAGAAGCGACGCGUCAAAAAUGUCAACAAUUAGCUAAACAAAUCAAAGAUUUUGAAAUGGUGUUAAGUCGUAAUGCUGCCGAUAGGCGCGCGAAUAAUGAUAAGCCUGUUCCACCAAUUAAAAUCAAUAGAUCAGUUGGAUUGCAAGUUAAUUUCGUAACGGAUCAUGGAAUUCAAAAUUUGCGACAAUUGCAACAGAAUUCUAAUAUGAAAGCUUUACAAAUGUCAAAUAACAAUACAUCAAAUAUACCUAACAGUGAAACAAAUAAUGCAACCAGUCCAAGAAAAGGUAUUAAAAUAAGAUCUCCUCGGCGAACAGAACCAAUAAACGCACAGCCACCAGUGGUCUCGCAAAAUCAUACUCAGUCUCCAAACAUUUUGCCUGCACUAGCGCCUGCACCUUUAGUUGUUACUAAGCCUGUAGAUAUACAACAUAAUUUAACAUUACCUAUUCAGUCUACUGUUCAAAUGAUAUCAAAUCAACAGAUGCAAUCACAACCGACUCAACAAACUAUAGUUUUAAAUGGAAAACUUCCAAAUCAAAUUCCAAAUCGUCAAAGUACUGUUGCAGCGAAUAUUGCAGCACAAACACGAACAAACGAUCUUAUUGAUCUUACAGAUGAAGAAGAAAAAAGCAAAGCCGUCAAUGCACCAGUUUCUACAUCUACGAUAAGUGAAUCGCAAAUAAAUUUACCACAAAAUCCACAACCUUGCUUCCAAAGGGUAAUUCAAACUAUUCCUGGAAAUGUAGCUAUAGCGAGUCAACCUCCUAGUAUAAGAGUAGUACAACCAGCUAGCCAACCAACACCUACUGCCUUAGUGAAUAAUAUGAACGCUCCACGAUUAACAUAUGUAAUGCAAAGUAGUGUAGGGCCAACGAGGCAAUUAUUAAUAGCGCCAAAUUCUACCCCGAUGCGACCAGUAACUUCAUGUAACAGAGCAUCGUUUUCAACUGUAACCUACAAAACUGGGAUAUCAACAGUUGCAAAUGGAACGGUGAGGGUUUUAACAACACCAGCUACUACAAAUUUACAGCUACCUAAGCAUCCUGCACCACUCCCAGAUACGCGAAAUUACGUUGCAAAUCCUCUUUGGAAACUUCCACCACCUGCACCAUCAUUAAAAAUAUCUAAGGUCGCGAAUGGUAUAGUGCUAUCGUGGAAUAUGAAUCUGUCCGAUAAGUACGCAGAUAUUGCUAGUUACCAACUAUAUGCAUACCAAGAAAUUACUGGUAUUCCUCCUAAUACAUCGUUGUGGAAAAAAGUUGGCGAUGUUCGAGCCUUACCACUGCCCAUGGCGUGUACACUAACGCAAUUCUCUGAAGGCAAUAAUUAUUACUUUGCGGUUCGAGCAGUUGACACACAUUCCCGAAAAGGACAGUAUAGUAUACCUAGCAACAUUUCUUUAUAAAAUGUACGAUCAUUUUUUUGAUUAUUUUAAUUUUUUAAACGUACAUUUAUGAUAAGUCUCGAUACAUAUGAAAAGAAAUUUCAUGCAGUCUUCUAAAUUAUCAUUUAAUUUAUUAAACCUAUUACAUGUAAAAUAUAUUUACUGAAAUGAUAUGAGUGUUUCUGAUUACGGGAUAUGUUAUAUAGAUGACGUAUACAAAAUAAUUUGUUGUAUAGUAAUAAGUAUUGUUUUUGAUUGUAAUUAUUCGUACAAUUUCUGAUAACCGCGGUACAGUUAUAGUUAAUAUUUCUCUUGUCGCCUUUUUUAUAUUUCUUAAUUUAUAAAAUCAGAAAAUAUAAACUUAUAAUUUUUUAUUAACAAUAUAUGGUUUAUAUCCUAUCUUUACCGGUAACGUUUCAGUGUAAAAAUUUUAUGUAGUUCUGUGCCAUGUUCCGUAACGUAUUCCUUAUGUUGUUAGAUAGUAAAAAUUAGUUACUGAACAUUUAUAAUUCUUUUGUAUUUGAAGUAAUACGUAAAAAGAUUUAUAACGGUAACGUGGUAUCAGUAAUCAAAUUUUGUUUAAAAAUGAACAAAACAAGGUAUUCUAGUCACAAAAGUUUCUUUUAUUAGCAAUUAUUUC